CUUUUUCCCUUUUUUUUCAGUCAAUUCAUUCUAUAGCUUUUUCUUACGCACGAAGUUUCACUAGCUUCUGAAAUGACCGACCAAUUACUUCACAACCAACCUUCUCUCUAUUCCUAAAUCUUUCAGCCCAAUUUUUUCCUUCUCCCGUUGGAACCCGCAUGAUCGGAAUUGAUCUCCGGUUAUGACAACACGAGCUCAAGCUGCUGCGUCUGAGAAUGUACGGAGAUGCGACCGACAAUUUCCAAUAUUUCGCGUUCUUCAGCCGAAGGUCUUUUACUUUUGGAAUCAAAUUAAACAGAAGCGUGAGAACUGGUAGGCUUUCGCGUUGGUUGAGGAGCGAAGAUCGAUAACCCCUGGAAUGUCUUGAAUACAUGGCGGCCCGGCGAGAGAAAGCGAUGAGCAGCUCCGACGUUUAGCACGGCGGCGCUACGCGCGGCAUUCAGAUCUAAAAGUUGGCGGCAGCUCGCGUGUCGAGGAAGCAAGAGGGAUUGGACUUUUUGUACAGGAUUGGCUCUUGGGAAAGGGAGUUCCAGUUUCAAAGAGCUUGAAUCUUUACCAAAAAUCAAACCUGAUGUAACUGCAUCAACAUCCUCUGCUUCUACCGAGUCUGCAGUUCCAGAAGCUCGUGCUAAUGAUGCAUGGAGGAAACAUCAUUCGGACCCUUUGCUUUUGAUCCGGCAGAGAGAGUAAGAAACUCUUGCUCACGUCAACAAUAAUCUUGUCCGAAUGGCCGUGAUUAGGAAAUAUGUAAGACUGUAAGUCCUAAAUGGCUUGUAAUAAGAUGCAUAUGACAUGAGCUGCAUCUGUAAGUCCUGAAUUGCCGUAGCGUUUAAUAAACAUGAAUUAUGAUUGGGGUGCUUUUUGAUUGUUUAUCUGGGGUUUUAAAUGAUGCUUCAUUUCUGAAAUGCUUGUGCUUUUCAAUGGAUUAAGUCGAUUAUGUUAGAAAAUAAAAAAUGAUGAAGCCUUUUUUUUCCUCAUUUUUGUUGUAUUGGCUCAUAUAUAGAUCCAUCCUUGAAAUUGGUGUACUUGGUUAAUUUUAAUAUAUAAGUCUAUGUUUUUAUGCGUUGUCAUCCUCCUGUUAGCUCAUGUCUUCCACUGAAUAACAACAAUUUGAAAAUACUUUGAGAUUGAUUUAAUGAAAAUAGCUAAUGGCCUAAAUUUUCAGUAAUUGAUGUGCCUAGCCUGAGAGUAUUAUCAAAUAACUAUGUUUACGUGUAGUGCAGGAAUUGCAAGAAAUACUAGAUUCUGGAAAUCCACUGCCUUUCCCUGAUGGAAUCCUUAUAAACGGCCAGGGUCGACCUUCAUUCACUGAGAUUCAAGGCGCCAAACUGAAGCUUGUCGAGGUUGAAGGGUCCCAUGUGCUCUCGAGUAUCUAUGAUCUCGCGACAUUAACAUUGGCCAAUCUGUGACAAUCCUUGUCACCUUGGAUCAGUCACCAAAGGAUUAUUACAUGGUUGCAUCCACGCGAUUUACCCAAACAGUCCUUACAGCCACCAGCGUGUUGCACUACUCCAACUCCCGGGCUCCGGUUUUCGGGCCCAUCCCAGCUGGCCCGACUGUUUGAAUAUGGUCCAUGGACCAAGCUAGAUUCUACAGGUGGAAUCUGACCUCAAAUGCUGCUAGGCCUAACCCGCAAGGCUCAUUCCAUUACGAGAUGAGAAUGCGAACGAGGAUUCUUGUGCUGGCCAACUCAGCGUCCAUUAUUAACGGCAAGCAAAGAUAUGCCGUUAACGAAAUUUCUUACAUAAAUCCCGACACCACCUUUAAGCUCGCAGAUUAUUACAACAUCCCGGGUGUUUUCACUGUGAACUCCAUCCAGCGCGCGCCACCUGGCAGUGGGCCCAGCCUGGGGACAUCCGUCUUGGGAGCCUCACUCCACGACUUCAUCGAGAUCGUGUUCCAGAACAAUCAGGACACAAUCCAGUCGUGGCAUCUCGACUGAUAUGACUUCUGGGUUGUCGGCUUCAGAAAAGGGCAGUGGACCCAAGCUAGCUGGCAGACUUACAAUUUUGAUGAUGCUUUGACCAGACACAUCACACAGUGAUAUCCCAAAUUGUGGACUGCCAUAUUAGUGUCUUUAGACAACCAGGGCAUGUGGAAUGUGAGGUCGGCAAUGGGGACUGGGGAAGACAAUACCUCGGACAACAACUAUAUCUGAGAGUUUACAACCCGACACAACCUUUGCAAACGAGUACGACAUAUCAAACAAUGCACUGCUUUGCGGUAGAGCAGUCAGGCCGAAAAUAUAAUUAAUUUAGCUAAUAAUAUAUAUUACAUAAUGAUUAGUAUGUGAGGUUUUUCCAUCUAUCUAUGGAGAAUAUUUAUUUGUUGAGUUUUCUCAGUCAUGAGAGGUUGGCUGUUAUUUGCACAGGGAAAAUGUUGUUAAAAAACUUGCAAAAUUAAUUGUACUUUCAAACAAUGGUUGCAGUUCAUUUGAUAUUAUUUCCAUAAUACAUUGCUUGAAAUGUGAUUGAGUUGUGGUUUUUACUUGGUGAUUGAAGUUUACUAGCUAAUAAAACCAACCUAUUGAACAUGAAUUUGUUCUGAGCCUGUAAAUACUAUUGUCUCCUAGAUCACAGUUUCUU